CUGCGUCGGGCAAUGUCAGUUGCUGUCAGAACGCGGCGCGAGCGUGACGUAUUGCCGCGUUCGACAUUACGUUUUUUAUACCGGUCCUUUAUUAUCAGCAUCGCAUACCGUGACCAGUGUUUCGAAGAAAACUAUGUGAAGUUAAUAGUUGCAAAGCUUCUAGAUCAGCUAUCGGUAUAGUGAUUUCAUCUAAUCGAGUGUUCCUAUAAUAAAGCAGUAUCGCGUUUUUUAGCUUUACUAAUAUCGAGAGGUAGUGCCUAAAUCUUGCCAGUGUGUGAUGUGCAGUGUGUGUUAGCACUCGCUCGGAGUUAUGUUUAUCAAGGCUGGCCCCGGGACCGGCGAAGAGGAGAGACGCGGAUCCGUAUCUAAUUGGUUUUCCUCGUUGAGACGAGGCGGGAGAAGGAGACGCGAAGAUACCACCGUUCCCUCCGGCUAUGGCUCUCUGGGCCGGAGAAAAGAUGGCACGCAAGCUAGAGGGAAGACAAGAUCAGCCUGGGACCUUACCACCGUCACUAGAAUGCAACUUAAAGAUGAGCUGGGCGAGGUCGUGGCGGAGCUGGAGGCUCUCGACGGCCAGGAGGAGUGCAAACAGAAUAGCAAGGCCAAACAGAUGAGCAUAGGCAGAAAGAAAUUCAAUAUGGACCCCAAGAAAGGCAUAGAAUACCUCUACGAGAACGGAUUACUGCAAAGGACACCGGAGGACGUGGCGCAGUUCCUUCACAAAGGAGAAGGGCUCAGCAAGACUGCGAUCGGUGACUAUUUGGGAGAACGUUCAGAGUUCAACGAAGCUGUGCUUCGGGCCUUCGUCGAAUUGCACGACUUCACGGAUUUAAUAUUAGUACAAGCGUUAAGACAAUUCCUUUGGAGUUUUCGAUUGCCGGGCGAGGCGCAGAAGAUCGACCGCAUGAUGGAGUGUUUCGCGCAGCGCUACUGUCAGCUGAACCCGGACAUCUUCACCAACGCAGACACGUGCUACGUGCUGAGCUUCGCCAUCAUCAUGUUGAACACGUCGCUUCACAACCCCAGUGUGAAAGACAAACCGGCGCCUGAACAGUUCGUCGCCAUGAACCGCGGCAUCAACAACGGCGGUGACCUGCCUCAUGAGUUGCUCUUGUCAUUAUACGAGUCUAUAAAAACGGAGCCCUUCAAAAUACCAGAGGACGACGGCAAUGAUCUGAUGCAUACUUUCUUCAAUCCUGAUAAAGAGGGAUGGCUCUGGAAGCAAGGUGGAAGAUACAAAUCAUGGAAAAGACGCUGGUUCAUAUUGAAUGACAACUGCUUGUAUUACUUCGAGUACACGACGGAUAAAGAGCCGAGAGGCAUCAUUCCAUUAGAAAAUAUAUCUGUACGUCCGGCGAGCGACAGACAGCGGCCGCAUUGCUUGGAGCUGUACGCGAGCGGCGGUGCGGACCUCAUCAAGGCGUGCAAAACUGAUUCUGAAGGAAAAGUCGUCGAAGGAAAACAUACAGUUUAUAGAAUGUCAGCAUCGACGGCGGAGGAACGAGAUGAAUGGAUAGAGUGCUUGCGUCGCUCUAUCAGCCACAACCCCUUCUACGACAUGUUGGCUCAGCGCAAGAAGAAGGCCCAGCACAAUGUACACUCCAGCUCACACUAGUGUUAUCCUGCCGAUACAAACGGACAAUGUGACUUUUAUAUAUAUAGUUCAUACCAAGUGUCACUUUAACUGUGUUACAGUCGCACUAUAAGGUUAAGUUGUUACUAAGUCCUUUAGUGUAAAGAAAAAUCUACACUAAACGGUUGUUUAGGUAAGCAUGAAGCGUCUCUGAGUGCGGUAGUGAGUCAUCACAAAGGAAAUAUAAACUGAGUCGGGAAGUAAUUAAUCAGUAUUUAACUGGUGCGGAGUUUUUUUUUUUUUUUUUUUUUGG